ACUAAAAUUCAACAUAUAUUCAUAACAGUUAACAGAUGAACCUCUAGAUUUCAAUAUGGCAGUAGUUGAGCAUGUUUUUUUUUUUUUUGACGAAAGUUGAGCAUGUUUUUGAGUUGCUUGUAUUUGUAAUCAGUUAUAGUAUUUUCAUGAGGCUGGAAGGUGCAGCAGCACAAAAUGAAGCGUGCAACAGGGUAACACGGUGCGGAUCGACUGAAAUACGAUUCCCUUUUCAUCUCAAAGAAAGAGAUAAGCAGCAUAAGGAAGAUCACUGUGUCUUCCCACCUGGUUUUCAACUCUCUUGUGAAUAUGUCUACCAAGAGUUCUUUAUUCCGAAGUUGGAGUUUAAAUACCAGGUCAACACCUCUCAUUCCGGUCUCUACCUUUCACUCUCUGUUAAUGCUUCAGUCGUUUCUAUCAACUACAGAUCACAGCAGCUCCUGUUCGUAUUAGAUUCCCCUGAAUACGGCCGUGAUAUCAGACAACACUACUACUCCCGCAACAGCCACCAUUAUAAUUACAACAACUUGCCUAAGUACCCUUUCAAACCUUUUACAUUGACCGACACCCCAUCAACUAAUAGUGAACUUCAUGAUUUAGAAGUCGGCAUCUAUAGUAACUACACAUUUUACAAUUGUUCAAUAACAAAAGAUAUUGUUGGUGAGAAUGCUGGUGGAAAUAUAUUAAUAUGGUCUGUCCCUUCUUUAGGAGGUCGUGGUUAUGAAGUCUAUGCCGUUUAUUCUCCACUGGAAACUAUUCUAUAUCCCAUGACAUCUUGCACCAAGAUGUACAACGUUUCCAAUGUCCCCUAUAAUGCAGGAGGGCUAUCUUGGUCUGGACCUAAUUGUGGUGACUGCGAGGCCAAAGGACAGUACUGCAAAUUUAAACCAAACAGCACUAUUCUCACCCAAUGCCACACCAAAGGUCAUUCUUCAUACCAACUUCUUAUGGCUGGUAAAGUGGUCGGUAUCUCAAUGGUGUUGGUUACUCUGGUAGUGUUGUAUUAUGCUACCAAGUCAUAUAAACAAAAGAAAAAACACCUGCUGAAGAUUGAAGUGUUUCUGGAGGACUACAAAGCUCUAAAGCCCUCAAGGUACUCUUAUGCCGACAUUAGGAAGAUCAGCAACAACUUCAAUGUUAAAUUAGGAGAAGGAGGUUAUGGAUCGGUGUACAAGGGACAACUUUCAAAUGAUGUUUUUGUUGCCAUUAAGGUCCUGAAUGAUAAGGUUGACGACAAAAGAAGUGGAGAAGAUUUCAUAAAUGAAGUUAGUACAAUCGGCUUAAUCCACCAUGUAAACGUGGUUCGCCUAGUUGGAUACUGCGCUGAUAGCUGUAGAAGAGCACUUGUGUACGAGUUUCAACCAAACAAUUCACUGGAGAAAUAUGUUUAUUCUAGGGAAAUUCAAAAUAAAGCAUUUCUUGGUUGGGAAAAGAUGAAAGAUAUUGCUCUUGGGAUAGCCAAAGGUAUUGAGUAUCUUCAUCGAGGUUGUGCCCAGCCAAUCCUCCACUUUGAUAUCAAACCUCACAACAUUUUGUUGGACCGCAAUUUUAAUCCAAAAAUAGCAGAUUUUGGUUUAGCAAAGUUGUGCACCACAGGACAAAGUAUGGUUUCUAUGACUAUGGCUAGGGGGACAAUAGGCUAUAUUGCACCAGAAGUAUUUUCGAGGAAUUUUGGGAAAGUGUCAUCCAAAUCGGAUGUUUAUAGCUUUGGUAUGUUGUUGCUUGAAAUGGUUGGAGCAAGGGAUCAUACUUCAGCAGGAACAGAGAACACCAGUGAAGCAUAUUUUCCUGAAUGGGUUUUUCAUCAGCUUGAACAAGGGAGAGAAACGAGAAGCCAGAUUGAGGAAGAGGUAAAUAACAACAUAGCAAAAAAGCUCACUAUAGUGGGACUUUGGUGCAUAAAUUGGCACCCAGGAGAUCGCCCUUCCAUGAAACAUGUGAUUCAAAUGCUCCAAGAAGAAGAUUGCCCAGCCAUACCUCCUAAUCCGUUUAGCUCUGCUAGUGAAAAAACGGCGUCCAUGUUUAGCAACAUGCUUGAUGCAAUUUCUGAAUCAGACUGAGUGGAGCAUCUUUAAGAAACUCAGAAGAUGAGUAAAAAUUGAGCUAGAGACUGGAGACACAUGAUUUGCUGCUGACUUGCAAACAAAUCCUCAGGGCUUCAUAAUAAUGAUUAAUGACAUCACAUAAUCUGUUUAUGAUAUAUUUAAUAUUCUUAAAUUAAAUAAUCUAUGGCACUGCAUUAUUAGUCUGAAGA